UCUUCUCCUUCACCAAUCACCUUCUUAAAACCCUAACUAGCUCAGAGCCACCAUGGAUUUCAAACCACUACUUCUACUUCUCAUCUUCCUCUCUGCCACAACCGCCACAGCUCCGGCUCCUCCGGUAGCCAAACCACCAACAACACCUUAUCCGCCUGCCGUCAAAACUCCCCCGCCUCCACCGACGCCGCCAGUGAAGCAAACACCUCCUCCUCCUGCACCAGUCAAGACCACACCACCUCCACCGCCUGCUCCAGUCAAACCGCCGUCUCCUCCUUCGCCGCCGGUCGGACCUCCUGCUACCCCGGUAUAUCCGGCGCCCCCUCCCCAUCCGCCGAGAAACAGAGAAGAGUGCGCGCCGCCAUGCACGGUGAGGUGCAAGCUGCACUCGAGGAAGAAAGUGUGCCUGAGAGCGUGCAUGACGUGCUGUGAGCGGUGCAAAUGCGUGCCGCCAGGGCAGUACGGCAACUUGGAGAAGUGCGGCAGCUGCUACGCUAACAUGACCACUCGCGGCGGCCGGCGCAAGUGCCCCUAGAUCCCCUGCCGGCCUCAAUCCGCCAUUGUUGCUUUAUAGGAGCACUUUAAUUUAUUGUUACUACUAUGCCCUCCUCGAUGUAGCUGUAUUUGCUCUCAUAUCUGUACUGUACUCUACCAACCUAAGAAUAUAUUCUAUUCUCUAAA